CUAUCGAGUUUCGAAGAGAUACAGCAGCUCGUGCAAUGAUGUCAUAUGAAUAUCCUCAUCCGGUUUCCAAGACCUAUCGGUACAAAAAAAUAACGAAACCACUACUGGAAAGAAAACGACGUGCACGGAUAAACAAAUGUCUCGAUGAGUUGAAGAAUCUUAUGAUCGAUGCACUAGAGACAGAGGGGGAGGACAUCAGCAAACUGGAGAAAGCGGAUAUUCUGGAGCUGACAGUGCGCCAUUUGCAAAGGCUACAGGGCUCGCGGUCUUCUGGUUUGUCGGGCACGAUUACGAAAAACGAGGAGGCAUCGGCCGAAAGUCGGUGGCUGUCCGGUUUCGGGCAUUGCGCAGCUGAAGCAUACAGAUUUCUCUCGGCGGUUCCAGGUGAAGGCGCGGAAAGGUUAGCCAGGCACCUCGCAGCUGGCCUUCAAAAGAGCCGGCGAACGAAUUCGACGCUGAAAACGAACGUGUUGACUCAAACUUUGGCAAGUUUGGACCUCACUGCUGAUAUACUUGCGUCUUCGACGGCGAAAUCCGCGACAGAGAAUGCUCAAGUAACGUCUUCCAAACAAAAUGCAGUGACUUAUCGUGGAAUAACGCGCGAGACAACCGCGUUUGCCAAUCCCCCUAAAAGCAAUUCCACGUUAACAUCGACCGUCGAAGAUAACGAAAAGUUAGACACGAGAUACGCUAAUGACACGGAGGAGGAGGUCAAGGUGGAACAGGUGGCGAAGAAGGUGAAAAUAGAGGUUAAAGUUGAAGACGACGAAGAGAUCGAUGUGGAACGCGUUGACGAAGCUGAUCCUAUGUGGCGGCCCUGGUAGUUUGAAACUAGAUGAGAACUGGAUCGUACGAGAAACGAUCAUUAUUUAAUUCAUAUCACGGUCACGUAAAGUUCCAAGAGACUAGCAUUCCAAGUGCCCUUAUCGCGUGUUAUAGCUUUAAAGGAUAUUGUAUCGAGCGUCUGUUAAGUUUAUGUUUCUACUAUUACAGCUUUACUUAACCAAUAGUUUACUCUACGUUAUUUAGAAAUUGAAAGUUUCUUUUUUUUUUCUUCUUAAUAUUAAAAAUUCUGAAGCAAAUACAUUUCAUUUUCAUAAUUGAAUUACCGACCGACACGGUUAUACCUACACUAUUGUGAAUUUUACGCAGAAUUUUCACCGAUAAAUAUUCAAUAAAAGACGUGUAUAUAUUUUUCAAUUACUUAAUGUUUAAGAAUCUACACAAAGAGUAAACUAUUCUUACAUUGUAAUUAAACUGUGGAUUUUUACGCAAAUAUUUUUGUAAACUUAGUAAAAUCGAAGUGAGAUUGAUGCUCACUCUCUUGCAAAAAAAAUCUGCAAAUUAGUUACAAUGUAAUCUGAAAGAAUAAUUUAGCUUUACAUUAAGUGGAAUAUUAACUAUCCCUGUAUUAACUGUUCUUCAAUUGUUUUUCAUUACGACUUUCCGUUUGUACUCUUCUUACAUGUUGUUGAUAAUAUAAUUCGUCCGUUUGUGUACUCUUCUUAGAUGUUGUUGAUAAUAUAAUUCGUCCGUUUCCUUUACGUUUCAUUUAAAACAAAGACAAGAGAUGUCAAUAUUCUUUGCUUCGAAUUCCUUUGUAUAAUAAUUCAAUUAUGGUUGCCUUGCAAUUAAUUAACUUUCAAACGCGCGU